GAUGCGGCGGGCGGGGCGGCUGGGGGGCGUCGCGGCGCUGCGGCUGCUGCUGGCGGCCCACGCGGUGGCGGCGUUCGACCCCAUCAGCGCGAGCCUCGUCAUCGGCGCGGCGUCGGCGCUCACCGGCUACCUGUCCUACAAGGAGGUGUACUGCCGCUUCGCCGAGUGCUGCCGCGAGGAGCAGCCGCUCAACGCGUCGGCCCUCAAGUUGGAUCUGGUGGAGAGGCUGUUUGGGCAGCAUCUGGCCACAGAGGUGAUCCUCAAGGCGCUGACUGGCUUCCGGAACAACAAAAAUCCCAAGAAACCACUGACUCUUUCCUUGCACGGCUGGGCUGGCACGGGAAAGAAUUUUGUCAGCCAGAUUGUGGCUGAGAAUCUUCACUCAAAAGGCCUGAAGAGUAAAUUUGUCCACCUGUUUGUAUCGACUCUGCACUUCCCUCACCAGCAGCAGAUAAAACUGUACCAGGACCAGUUACAGAAGUGGAUUCGGGGUAACGUGAGUGCGUGUGCGAGCUCCCUGUUCAUAUUUGACGAGAUGGAUAAAUUGCACCCCGGGAUCAUCGAUGCAAUCAAGCCGUUUCUAGACUACUACGAGCAGGUUGAUGGCGUGUCUUACCGGAAGGCCAUCUUCAUCUUUCUCAGCAACGCAGGUGGGGACCUCAUCACUAAGACGGCCCUCGACUUUUGGCGCGCAGGAAGAAAGAGGGAAGAGAUUCAGCUGAAGGACCUGGAGCCUGUACUAUCUGUAGGAGUCUUCAAUAAUAAACACAGUGGCCUGUGGCACAGCGGUCUGAUAGACAGAAACCUCAUCGAUUACUUUAUCCCCUUCCUGCCCCUGGAGUACGGACACGUGAAGAUGUGUGUGAGGGCAGAGAUGAGAGCCCGCGGUUCUGCCAUAGAUGAAGACAUUGUCACCAGGGUGGCAGAGGAAAUGACGUUUUUCCCCAAAGACGAGAAAAUCUACUCAGACAAGGGCUGCAAGACCGUGCAGUCACGGCUGGAUUUUUACUGAGCUCUUACCCAGGCAGGGUAAGAGGCAGCUGGGAGCUUAGCACGCCAGCAGCCUUGCCUUUCGGAAGCACUUUGAAGACCUCUUCAGGUCUUGCACAUUUGCACCUGUGGACUUUUGGGAUCUAGAAGUUUCUGAGUUGAUGUUUGAAAAGAUGCUAAUCUGUUGAGUACACCUGUAUUUUGCAACACGGCAGCAAUCCGACUGU